AUGGCGAAAUUCUUUCGAAAACGCAGCCUCAGAGCACGAGAUGAUCAGAUUACAAACGCGUCGAACCUCACGCUUCGACAGUCAAUACUCCCGCUGUGUCUAGUCACGAUUCUCUUUUUCCUCUGGGGCUUUGCGUAUGGCUUGUUAGAUGUGCUCAAUAAGCAUUUCCAAACCACGUUAGGGAUUACUAGGUCUCGAUCUUCGGGUCUCCAGGCUGCUUAUUUUGGCGCGUAUCCAAUUGCUUCAUUGACAUAUGGAGGUUACUGCCUGCGAAAACUUGGCUACAAGGCUACCUUCAUGCUUGGAUUGACGUUGUAUGGAGUCGGCGCACUACUGUUUUGGCCUGCAGCGCUAAAACGGUCCUUCGGUGGAUUUUGCGGUGCCACCUUCAUCAUUGGUUCCGGCUUGGGUACGCUUGAAUCUGCGGCCAAUCCGUACCUCGCGGUCUGCGGUCCUCCAAAGUACUCUGAGAUGCGUCUCAAUCUAGCACAGGCCGUUCAGGCAGUCGGUACAGUCGUAGGCCCUGUGCUAGCGUCGCAAGUAUUCUUCAAGAAUGUGAAUGAGAGCUCCCUAGAAAGUGUCCAGUGGGUGUACCUUGGUAUCGCGAUAUUCGUGUUUGUCCUUGCCGGUGUUUUCUAUAUAUCCACGAUCCCAGAGAUCACCGACGCGGAUAUGGAGCGCCAGAUGGAGGCCACUGGGGGGGUGUUUACGGAGGAUGACGCGAAGCCGAUAACGAAGCAUUACCAGUUAUGGUGGGGUGCUUUCUCUCAAUUCUGUUAUGUGGGCGCUCAAGUCGGUAUUGCGGGAUACUUUGUAAACUACGUCGUUGAAGUACGAAAGGGUACCAGCUCAGCAGAUGGAGCCAACUUCCUGGCAGGCGCACAGGGCUGCUUCGCAGUUGGACGAUUCUUGGGUGUGUUUUUGAUGAAAUUCAUCAACCCGCGUAAAGUCUUCUUUGUCUACUUUACCUGCGUUAUUGCGUUUCAGUCGGCAGCUGUUGGGGCUACUGGGAAUGCUGGAAUGGCAUGCCUGAUGCUCGUGCUGUUUUUCGAGUCUAUUUGUUUCCCUACAAUCUUCACCCUUGCUAUCCGUGGUCUCGGAAAACACACCAAGACAGGAUCAACGGUCGUUGUAGCCUCUAUAAUUGGCGGUGCCAUCGUACCUCCACUACUAGCCGUCACGGCGGACAGAUUUAACAACACUGGCACUGCCAUGUUUGUGCCGUUAAUUUUCUUCGUUGCUGCGUACAGUUUCCCGAUAGGAGUCAACUUCCAUGGCCCAACCAAGCGCCUGAUGGAUGGCUUCUUGAACAGUAAGGUUGGAAUUGAAACCUCAAAGGAAGACGAUAUCGAGAAGGCGGAUGUAGAGGGAGUUGAGGAUAUUGAGAUGGAUACGACGAAAAAAUAG